AUGGAGAAGAUAUUUCUGUACGGAUUGGUUCUGUGCUGGAAUGUUAUUCUGUGCGCAACCUGUGAGCUUUCUAAUAUUACGAUUGUGCUGGAAAAGGAGGAAUGUGGAGCCUGCAUCUCUGUGAAUGCAACUUGGUGCUCAGGAUACUGCCACACCAUGGAUCCAAAUUUAAUGUACCCACAAACAUCCGAGAAGCAAGGUGUCUGCACGUACACUGAGGUCAUUUAUGAAACAGUGAAAAUUCCGGGAUGUGCUGAGAAUGUAAAUCCUUUCUACACUUAUCCUGUAGCUGUUGACUGUUACUGUGGACGAUGCAAUUCAGAAACCACUGAUUGUACAGUGAGGGCUUUGGGGCCUACUUACUGUUCUCUGAAUGAUGCCUAA